AUGGUACCACGGAAGAGCACUUCUGGGAAAAGCUUCUUCAAGUGGAGGAACCGCUCGACAAAGUCCGCCAGUGAAUCAGACGUUCGAGGCCAUUCAUUCGCAUCUCCUUUAACAUCCCUUUCAGCGCCACUCAACUUCCAAGGGUUCGAACCAACACAGCCAAGACCACCUUCCAGUCCCUUUGUGUCGGAAUCGGCGCACGUUCUCUCUCUGCAGCAUCCUUCCGUCACGCGCUUCUCAGAUCAAUUUCCAGAUUCAAGUGAUAUAUCCCCCAGCCUGAACAGCACAGACUCGAUCUCCCCGAUGAACAAUUCUGGGAUAAACGGGCAGACGAAUACUCCUCCCUCUUCACCGCCGAGUUCCGUAGGCUUUUACGUCAAAGCGAAGAAGAGUCUCGAAUCAAAGCUGAAAUUUAAGACUCGCAAAGAGGAGCCGAUGUGUUCAGCUAUCCCACAACAUGUCCUUCAAUGUGCAGCAAUGGAUGGCACAAGAAAUUACUCCAGCAUGCUCCAAAUCACUAAAACAGGUUCCUGGUUCAAAGACGACGCGGCGAAGCCCAAGCUUCGAAGAAGGCUCUUUGGCAGGGCACCGUGGGCUCGCAAGGAAUCAGCAGAUUCUUUCAGCAGCGUAACCAGCUCUGUGAGGGAGAUACUCAAAGGUGAGACUCCUCCUCCCUCGGCAGCCUCAAGCUAUACUUCUUGUAUGUUAAAGAACAUAUACGGUAUCUGGGAAGCCGAUGCUGACAUCCUAGCAGUGCAUCUCAACUGUGUUAAUGGCCAGUUUCCGGGAGGGGAGGCAAGACGAAUAAAGACACCGCCUCUGGCCGAAGACACUGCGAGCGGUCGGCCACGUUCAUUUUUCACUGAGACAGUUCCUCCUACAGAAGACGAUGAAAUGGGGUCUCCGUCGAGAAGGAAUUCUCUCCAAACAGUUCGUCGCCAGAGCAUUGUUGCCGACACUUACGAGUGGUGGGAAAAGAUGCCCAAGAAGCCCGUUCGCAGGAGUCCUUUUCAAGACCGACCUCCUUUUGAGUUUCAGCUACCGGAACAUCUUCCCAGCAGCCCAAUGUGCCCGACCAACGAAAAACAUGUCAGCGGUGGGACUGGUGUCUGUGUCUACCAUGGGCGCAGGAAGGGUGCAUCAAGAAUGGCGCCAGUGUGA